AUGUCGACAGGCGGAGGCGCUGGCUAUAACCCUGAGGACGUCCGAAACCAGGACAAGUCGGACAAGUCCCUACUCCACAAACUCAAGGAUGCCAUCAAGCCGCACAAGCACAGCUCAGCCGGUCCGACGGCGGGCCACCCGUCGUCCGCCAAUCCACCAACGGAGGGGAGCACCGCUACCGGUGGCGAGUCCGCGGCGCACGAUAUGCGCCCGCAGGAAGGCCUCCGCAGUGGGGGUGGUGUCGAGGCCCGGAGGGCUCCGGUCGAGCAGUCCAUGCCAGGAGCAACCGGGAUGCGUCACCAGGGGGAGGACACGCCCAGCGGCAUUAUGGGCGCGAUGAUGCCCGGCGGCACUGACGAGGGCAGUAGCGCAACCACCAAGGCCAUGGGAGACGCAACGCGGCAGAUGACGAGCAAGAUGAGCGACAACACGCCCGACGUCAGUAAGGGGCUCAAACCCGGCAUUCCGGGAGGCCCAGGUAGUGCGGGGACUGGGGCUGCUUGA